AUGUCACAUCCCGAACCAUCACAACCGGUUCAAUCCAUCAAGGCUUCGGACAUACAAGCAUCGGGAGCGCAAACACAAGGAAUGAUUCGCUCCAAUGCGAUAGUUGACAAAUGCGACGGUAUCUGCGCUACUAGUAUGCUUGCAAAACCACAUACCGCCUCGGCAGUCCAUCAUCACGGAGAACAAGACACGAUAGUCUAUGCUGUUAAGGGACGCGGAACGGUCGUUAGCGAAGGGGGAGCAAAGAGGGUAGAUUUGGAACCUGGUGACUUUGCCCUCAUUCCUGCGUAUAUGGAACACCAAGAGGUCAACGACAGCGACGAGGAUAUCAUCUGGACCAUCGUGCGCAGCGGGAGGAUUCCAGAUGUAGUGAAUCUUACCGGUUGGAAUGGAGAACCCAUCAAGGGUUAA